CAUUCCACAGUAUGAUCUUUUUUCCCCCUCUUCUUCCAUUUUCUACUUACCCCCUUCUUCUCUCUCUAUUUCUAUUUUUAUUUUUCUGGCUAUAUCGCCGGCUUCCGACUCCAUUAUUUCCGGCAGAAUACUACCUUUUAUUCUCUCAGCUAAGGUUUUAAGAGCAAGGAUGGAAGGUAGUGGAUUGAAAAAUGUUAGCUCUCACUGCUCCAUUUCGGAGAUGGAUGACUUUGAUCUCUCGAAACUUCUUGAUAAGCCAAGGAUUAACAUAGAGAGGCAGAGAUCUUUUGAUGAGAGGUCGCUAAGUGAGUUAUCCAUAGGGUUAUCUAGAGGUUUAGAUAAUUAUGAGAAUGCUUACUCGCCGGGAAGGUCUGGGUUGGACACCCCAGCUUCGUCGGCACGAAACUCUUUUGAGCCACAUCCAAUGGUUGCUGAAGCCUGGGAUGCUCUACGCCGUUCCAUGGUUCACUUUCGAGGCCAACCAGUUGGUACAAUUGCUGCAGUGGAUCAUGCUGCUGAGGAAGUCCUCAAUUAUGAUCAGGUCUUUGUUCGAGAUUUUGUUCCUAGCGCUCUGGCCUUCCUGAUGAAUGGAGAGCCUGAUAUAGUUAAGAACUUCCUGUUGAAGACACUACAGCUUCAAGGGUGGGAGAAAAGAGUAGAUAGAUUCAAGCUGGGGGAAGGGGUUAUGCCAGCUAGUUUCAAGGUUCUUCAUGAUCCUGUUCGUAAGACAGAUACGAUCAUGGCGGAUUUUGGUGAGAGUGCAAUUGGAAGAGUAGCUCCAGUUGAUUCUGGAUUUUGGUGGAUAAUUCUUCUCCGUGCAUACACAAAAUCUACCGGAGAUGUCAGUCUUGCUGAAACUCCUGAGUGCCAAAGGGGGAUGAGGCUUAUAUUGAGCUUAUGUUUGUCUGAAGGAUUUGAUACAUUUCCUACUUUGCUCUGUGCUGAUGGAUGCUCAAUGAUCGAUAGAAGAAUGGGAAUCUAUGGUUAUCCUAUUGAGAUCCAAGCACUCUUCUUUAUGGCAUUGCGAAGUGCUUUGGCAAUGUUGAAGCACGAUACAGAAGGGGGAGAAUUCGUUGAGAGAAUAGUGAAGCGUCUACAUGCAUUGAGUUAUCACAUGAGAAGUUAUUUUUGGCUUGAUUUCCAACAGUUAAACGACAUUUACCGCUAUAAAACUGAAGAAUAUUCUCAUACUGCAGUAAAUAAGUUUAAUGUUAUCCCUGAUUCAAUCCCAGAUUGGGUAUUUGAAUUUGUGCCUAAACGUGGUGGUUACUUUGUUGGGAAUGUUAGUCCUGCAAGGAUGGACUUCAGAUGGUUUGCUUUAGGUAACUGUAUUGCUAUAUUGUCCUCCCUUGCCACUCCAGAACAAGCUUCCGCUAUUAUGGAUCUCAUAGAAGCACGCUGGGAUGAGCUAGUAGCAGAAAUGCCCUUAAAAAUAUCUUAUCCUGCACUAGAAAAUCAUGAUUGGCGACAUAUAACUGGUUGUGAUCCCAAGAAUACCAGGUGGAGCUACCAUAAUGGUGGAUCUUGGCCAGUGCUUUUAUGGUUGCUAACCGCUGCCUGCAUUAAGACGGGACGACCACAAAUUGCAAGACGAGCAAUAGAUCUUGCUGAGAGCCGCUUAUCUAAGGACUCCUGGCCUGAAUAUUAUGAUGGUACAGUUGGAAGAUAUAUUGGUAAACAAGCGAGAAAGUAUCAGACAUGGUCAAUCGCUGGAUAUCUUGUAGCAAAAAUGUUGCUGGAGGAUCCUUCACAUUUGGGAAUGAUUGCAUUGGAAGAGGACAAGCAAAUGAAACCUGUAAUCAAACGAUCAGCUUCUUGGACGUGCUGAGUUGAAGAAAGAGAUUUAACUACAAACGAAUAGAGAAAGCCACAAGGUGAGAGGAAUCUUCUGUUGUUUUGUUACAAGAACACUAUUUUUUGGCUCCUAUUCCCAUCCUUGUAAUAUUGCUCUUAAUUUUUACCGUAUACUCUUCCAACGAGACCAAUGUCUCGUUUAUCAGUAUAAAAGACAUUGUUUGAUGGUUC